AUGUCGAGGCUCCUGGUGGUCGCCGUGCUCGCCGGCUUCACGGUCGAUCUGUCGGCGGCGACGGACCACAUCGUGGGCGCCAACCACGGGUGGAACCCCAACAUCAACUACUCCCUCUGGUCCGGCAACCAGACCUUCUACGUCGGCGACCUCAUCUCGUUCCGGUACCAGAAGGGGACGCACAACGUGUUCGAGGUGAACGAGACGGGGUACGACAACUGCACCAUGGACGGGGUCGCCGGCAACUGGACCUCCGGCAAGGACUUCAUCCCGCUCCCCGAGGCCCGCCGCUACUACUUCAUCUGCGGCAACGGCUUCUGCCGGCAAGGCAUGAAGGUCGCCAUCACCGUCCACCCGCUCCGGCACAACGUCUCCUCCUCCAAUGGCUCCAGCGGCAGCACCGGCGCGCAGGGGGAGGCCUCCGCGGCGGCGCUCAGGACGAGGAGCGCCUUGUGGCUGGCGGCAAUCGCUGUCGCCGCAGCAGCCGUUGGUGCCUUCUGUUAGGAGCAUGAUUCCCAGAUUUCUCUGAACAUUUUUGUUCUAUUUGUGUGCUUUGCCCCUUUUGCUCCCAUUUCAUGGGUCUUCAUCAACAUCUCUGCAAGCCAAACUGCCUAUCUCAGAGUAAUGUUUAGCAGAACGAUAACUGCUACAGAUUCAGCAAAAGAUGGGAUGAUCCGGGCCCAAUGCCAACUACUU